CCAAGCGUUGCACCUUCGGGCUUACGAGUUUCUAGGCUGCAGUUCAGUGAAUUAAAGGUGCAAUGGAAUCCAAUACCUCAGCACUGUGCAAAUGGGCGACUGCUGGGAUAUGUAGUCAUCUACCAAGAGUAUCCCUAUUGGUAUAGCACCCAAAAAGUAAACUCUAGUAGCCCAGAUGUCAAUAUGCUUGUGUUGAGUGGUUUUAAAGCAGCACGUUCCUACAGAGUGUGGGUGGCUGGGUUCACACACGCAGGAACUGGACCUCAGUCAUCUCCAUAUUACGUCACAACUGGUAAAUUGAACAAAUCGACGUGA